GAGGCGCGCGCGGGAGGGGUCGGGUCUCUGCUCGCGCCCGCAGCUCGCGGCCCUCCUCGGCCGAGCCCGCGCGUCCGGGGUGCCCGGGCCGGAGACCUCUUGACGCGCGGGGAACGGGGCCGGGGCUCCCCGGAGUCCUGCGCCCGCGCCCCUGCGCCCCCGCGCCGCGCGCUGCUCGUGGGAAGGGCGGGGAGGAGCCAGGUUCCGUCCAGACAGGAGACGCCGCCCCAGGAAGGGGUCCCGUCCCAGGCGGGGCUCCUGCUGCAGGAGGGGUGUCCUGUCCCCGGGAAUGGGGUUCUGUCCCAGGCGGGGCUCCUGCUCCAGGAGGUCUCCGGGAAUGGGGUUCUGUCCCAGGCGGGGCUCCUGCUGCAGGAGGGGUGUCCUGUCCCCGGGAAUGGGGUUCUGUCCCAAGCGGGGCUCGCAUCCCAUUGGGGAUCACAUCCCAUUGUUGGGGGGCGUCCGCCCUAGGAAAGGGGUCCUGUCCCAGGGGUUCUCGCCCCAGGAAGGGGGAUCCCGCCCCAGGAAGGGUGCCAACUCAGGUGGGGGUUCCUGUCCCUGGAAGGAGUGUUGUCUGAGGCGGGGUCCGCUCCGGCUCGCCCGGGACCCCUGGGCAGGCCUGCGGGGUGCACGGGGCGCCGACGCUGCUGCUGCCGGGUGAGCAGGCGCGGACUGACCUCCACCACCCGCUGUUUACCGACCGUCCUCUCCGGCCAGGCCCGACGCGGCGGCAGCCAUGUGGACAUAAGGGCGGCGGAGGCGCAGCUCCAGGGACCCCUGAGAAGGGCGCGGCGUCUGCAGGAUGGACGCGCAAGGCUUGGACUGGUUGCUGGUGCCGCUCCAGCAGCUGGUGUCUUGGGGGGCAGCGGGGGCCAUGGUCUUCGGGGGCGUGGUACCCUACAUUCCUCAGUACCGCGACAUCCGCAGGACCCAGAAUGCCGACGGCUUCUCCACCUACGUCUGCCUGGUGCUGCUGGUGGCCAACAUUCUGCGGAUUCUCUUCUGGUUCGGAAGGCACUUUGAGUCCCCGCUGCUGUGGCAGAGCGUCGUCAUGGUGCUGACCAUGCUGCUGAUGCUGAAGCUGUGCACGGAGGUGCGCGUGGCCAACGAGCUGAAUGUGCGGCGCCGCUGCUUUGCAGCCGCAGAUAGUAAAGAUGAAGAAAUCAGAGCCCCCCCCAGGCGGUCCUAUCUGGAUUUUGACCCGCACCACUUCUGGCACUGGAGCGGCUUUGGGGACUACGUGCAGUGUGUCCUGGCCUUCACGGGCGUGGCGGGCUACGUCACGUACCUGUCCAUCGACUCGGCCCUGUUCGUGGAGACGCUGGGCUUCCUGGCCGUGUUCACGGAGGCCCUGCUGGGGGUGCCCCAGCUCUACCGCAACUACCGGCACCGCUCCACCGAGGGAAUGAGAACACACGCUCCACGAGGGAGAAAACAGUUCUGUCCCCUGAUGUGUCCCCAACAUCCUCAGACAGCUCCCGGGAGAUGGUGAGUAACCAGCAAAUGCCUGCAGAUGAGCACACGGACGGACGGAUGGAUCUCAGACGGCCCCAGCGUCCCCAGCACGUGACCAGCUUCAACUGCAGCCGCCGGCCUGAGUGAGGGGCACGGCUGCCCUGAGCGUGAUCCGGCCGGCUGAGCAGUGUCCGGUCUACAGCCUGGCACGGCAGGUGUCGGGGUGACCUGGCGGAACUGACGUGGGGUGCCCAGGAGGGUGGCCCACAUCCUGUCCCCAGAAGAAAUGGGAGCAACCCCGCGCAGCGCUCGGUGCCAGAGCGAGCGAUGACUCGGAUCCAGGCGCGCGUCUAAUUACAGCUCGGCCCCGCCUGGCUGGGAGGCCGGGGAGGGUCCACCUGGCUUCCUAGGUCUAAUUUCCCCACUGAAAAGACGAAGGUCCAGCGCGGACGCUCCACAGCGAGACAGCACGUGGCCACGGGGUGGUCAGCACGGGUGUGGGACAGGCACGCAGGGCCCCCAGCCCGCUCCUCAAAGGGACGCCUUGAAGUCAGGCUCCACCCCACCCCCCACCCCCAGACUCUGUAAGUGUCGGCGCCAUGCGUGGAGGGGACACUUACCCUUCUUUCUUAAUUAAAGUCUAAAUCUCUCGUGCAAUUAAACCCAUCCUGCCAGUGCGUGCGCACUGUGCACAUGAUUUGAUACGACGGGCAUAAAUAAAACAAAGAUUAAGUCGAAUAUAAAAAUGUACCUUAGAGAGCUGAAAGGGUUGAAACCAAGCCUCUUUCGGCACUGCUGGAGAUUAAUGGCACGUUACUGGAAGGAGCCCUGCACUUAGGAAAACCGAAGGGGACUUGCUUGAAAUGAUGUCAGUAAGAGUCAGCGUGUAGCUUGUUCAGUUGCAAUUAGACGUUCCCUUUCCCACUCCCGUGACUCGUAGGCCCCUCUCAAUUCGAGCCCUCGCAGAAUUCGCAGGCCCUCUACAGAGCUCACACCCGACACAGCCCGGCAGUUACAAGCGCGGCCUUUGAAGUCACACAGAACUAGGCAAGCGCCCCAGCUCUUUGAUUUACCAGCCGUGUAACCCUGAACAAGUUACCUAAAUUUGCUGAGCUUCAAAUUCCACAUCUAUAAAACGGUAACAGAAACUGUGAUGGUACCUUCUUAGGAAGUGAUUGUGAGGAUUGGAAGAGAACGUAAAAUGCUGAGAACAGUGCCUGGCACAUCGUACUCAAUAAACAGCACAGACACAUGCUCACACACGUAUGCACAUGCAGACACACGUAUACACACAUGCAGACACACAAACCCACACACCCACUCAAUAAAGUCAGCAUGUAUACUGCAGACACACGUAUGCACAUGCAGACACACGUAUACACAUGCAUGCACACACAACCCACACACCCACGCAAUGCCAGCGCAUACACAUGCAGACACACACACACACACCCACGCAAUGCCAGCACAUACACAUGCAGACACACGCACAUGCAGACACAUGUAUACACAUGCAGACACACGUAUACACGUGCAGACACUCAUAUACAUAUGCACAAAUGUAAACCCACACAUCCACUCAAAGAUGUCAUCACAUACACAUGCAGACACACAAACCCACACACCCACUCAAUAAAGUCAGCAUGUAUACUGCAGACACACGUAUGCACAUGCAGACACAUGUAUACACAUGCAUGCACACACAACCCACACACCCACAUAAUGCCAGCGCAUACACAUGCAGACACACACCCACGCACACACACCCACACACCCACGCAAUGCCAGCACAUACACAUGCAGACACACGCACAUGCAGACACAUGUAUACACAUGCAGACACAUGUAUACACGUGCACUCAUAUACAUGUGCACAAACGUAAACCCACACAUCCACUCAAAGAUGUCAUCACAUACACAUGCAGACACACACGCACACAAACCCACACCCCCACAGACGCACACACAGUGCAUUUUAAAGAGUGUAUUACAAUUCUAACUGGGCCCUUGUGUCUCUAGCUUUAUAUAUACAUAGAAAACAGAAAAAAAAGAUAUAUCUUGUGUAGGUUGUAAGUGUAACAACUUUAAGGGGAAGCUGAACACAUUUAAAGUUCAAAAAGAUUAUUUUACUUUGAAAUUCAAAGGAAAAGCUGCAGUAGGCAGCACCAAAAACUAGUUCUUGAAAAGACUGAUGAGAAAAAAAGGCAAGGCACAAAUUUUAAAACUUAGGAUUUGAAAAGAGAUAAAACUACAGACACAGCAGAGAUUAAAAUGUACAGGGUUCCUGCCUGGGGUGAUGGGAAUGUUUUGGUUUUGGGUGGUGGUGAUGUCACCACAUCAUGAAUGUGGUUAACAGCACCAAAAUAUACACUGAGUAUGACAAAGGGGCAAUGCUAGAUUGAAUACAUGUAAAACAAAACUACAGAACUACACUAUUCAAACAGUGAACCUUAUGUUAAAUCGAGGCUUUUGGUUAAUAGUGGAAUUAUAAAAAUGUGCUGUCAUCAAUGAUAACAAAUGUUCCACAUCAAUGCAAGGUGUUGGUGGUGUAUGGGAAUCCUGCAUUUUAUGCAUGAUUGUUCUGUAAACCCACAACUUCU